AUGACUCCCGACCACGCUGCUGCUGCUAUCGCCUCCCUACCCUACCUCGCCGCCGCCGCCGCCGGCACCUCCACCUCCACCUCCGGCUCGCUCCGGCGACCCCGCCCCUGCUGCUCCUUCCCUCUCCGCCGCCCUCCGCCCAUAUACCUCACCUGCGCCGCCUUCCCUUACACCCCUCCUCCCUGCGCCCCCGCCGGCGAUGGACAACACAUGUUCCGUGGCCUUCCCCAGCCACGAUGCUCCAACGUGGAAGCGGUCGGCGACGUGGCAGCAGCAGCAGUGCCCGACGAUUACACAGAGAACACGCCGUCAAGCAGUGGAUACGCGAAUGGCCAUAUGGCCGCCGCUUCAUCGCACCAAGAAGAUCAUCCUUCUGAAGGAAGCGCGGGCAAGGAGAACCACAAGGCUACUACAGCCAACAUCAACCGAAAAAUGGUCAAGAUAUCUGAUAAGUUGAUUGGCGUCUUCAUGGUCGAUAAGCCUACACCGACGGAUUGGAGGAAAUUGCUGGCGUUCAGCAGGGAGUGGGACAACAUAAGGCCGCAUUUUUUCAAGCGCUGCCAGGAGAGAGCAGAUGCGGAAACAAAUCCUGAGAUGAAGCACGGCCUUCUCAGGCUGGCUAGAAAACUGAAAGAGGUAGACGAGGACGUACAAAGGCACAAUGAACUAUUUGAAUUAGUGAAAUCCACACCAUCUGGCAAAAUUGGUGAUGUUGUUGCUAAGCGCCGUAAAGAUUUCACGGUGGAGUUUUUCAACCACCUUUAUUAUGUCGCAGAGUCGUAUAAGGAUGAGCCUGCUAAGCAAAAAGAGUUGGCAACACUUGGAAAUGAUUGUGUGGAUGCUCUGCAAGCUCAUGAUGACAUGUCUGGCAGUCUUCAAGCGCUGAAUGUUGCGGAACUAAAGCUAAAGGACAUACUCAAUUCACCUUCAGUGGACGCUGCAUGCCGAAAGAUCGAUGACUUGGCCGAGAAGAAGGAACUAGACUCUGCGUUGGUGUUGAUGCUUUCAAAAGCUUGGUCAGCUGCAAAGGGCACCGACAUCACAAAAUCGGACGCAAAAGACAUAAUGUUCCAUCUAUACAUGACUGCUGUGGCCAAUCUCCAGAGGCAAAUGCCAAAGGACAUCAGAAUACUGAAGCAUCUUAUAAUGAUUGAGGAUCCAGCAGAACGUCUGAGUGCGUUGAAUGACGCUUUUACUCCUGGUCCUGAACUUCAAGGCGAGAAUGUCGAUACCUUAUUCACGAGUCCUGAGGUAUUGCACACUUGGGCAAGCGCUAUAAUCGACGCAUAUUAUAGCAGCAGGGAGGGCACUCUCCUUGGGCAGGCAAGGGACUUGAUGAACCCUAAAAUUAUCAAGAGGGUUGAAGAGCUUGUGAAGACGAUCAAGGAUCAAUACCUCUGA